CGCGUCCGCCCCCGUCUGUUUACAUCCCGCGCUCGCUGAGGACGGACGUGCUCCUGACUCCGCUCCUGAUCCCUCAGUCGCCAUACGUCUGCCACGAGCGCUGCUUUCUCUACUUCUGCUUAUUGAAGAAAUCUUGUCGUGAAUUUAUCCCUGGAGUGAAGACAAGAUGACCGGCUCGGACCCCCCGCAGGUGGGCACGAACGGAGACGUCGUGCACGAGACCAAGCCGAGCCAACCCAACGGCGACUCAAAGGAACCCACAACACUCCUGCUGGCUUUAGAAGACCCUGUGCCGGAGGUCGUGCCGGCUGGUGGAGAAGGGGGAGGAGGAGGAGGAACAAGAGGCGGGGAGAAAGCUCGGUGGUCCUUCUCCCUUCCUCAGGCGGGUGCUGGCAGGUGCGCUUCACCCUGGCCAUCCUCUCCCUGCUGGGCAUCGUCCUCAUGUACGCCAUGAGGGUGUGCCUCUCCAUCGCCAUCGUGGGCAUGGUGGGCACGGAGCAACACCACCACGGGGAACACAACGGCUCUGAGGCUGUCGCGGCGGACGACACGUGCCCCUCGCCCGAGCAGACGAGCGGGAAGCCCAAGGAAACCAUCGUCGGAGAAUUCUCCUGGGACGAGACCACGCAGGGCAUCAUCCUUGGUUCCUUCUUCUGGGGAUACGCCUGCACCAACAUCCCCGGCGGGAGGCUGGCGGAAUACUUCGGGGGAAAGAGAGUGUUCGGCUUGGGCAUCGUGCUCUCGGCGCUCUUCACGGUCCUCACGCCCCUCAGCGCUAGGGCGUCCACGGAGCUCUUCAUCGCCGUCAGGAUCUUCUGCGGCGCCGUGCAGGGAGUGGUCUUCCCGGCAGUGAAUUCUAUGCUGGCAACCUGGAUCCCGCCUUUUGAGAGGAGCAGGUUCAGCACAAUUGUUUAUUCAGGCUUUCCUCUGGGCACGGUGCUCUCCCUGCCCAUCGGCGGCUGGCUGUGUUCGUCCACCUUCCUCGGCGGGUGGCCCUCCGUCUUCUACCUCUUCGGGGGAUUGGGCAUCGUGUGGGGCAUCUUCUGGUUCAUCCUGAUCCACGACCGGCCCGAAGCCCACCCCAGAAUCUCUGCCUCGGAGCUGGCGCACAUCCAGGCCUUCGCAGGACAGACCAAGAGAGCGGAGGGCGUUCCUCUGCCGUGGAAGGACCUUUUGAUGUCCCUGCCUUUCUGGGGACUGCUGGCUGGCUCCCUGGGUUAUGACUACGGCUUCUACACGCUGCUCACAGAACUUCCAACAUAUCUGAAGAACAUCCAACAUUUCGACAUGAGCUCGAAUGGUCUGAUUUCGGCGUUGCCCUUCCUCGUGAUGUGGCUCUGGGGUUACAUCUGGGGGCUCCUUAUGGACAGACUAACGAAGGCUAAAAUCCUGUCCAUCAUCACCAUCAGGAGACUGUCCAUGUCUGUUGCCCUCUACGGAGCCAUGAUCAGCCUGGUGAUCAUGUGCUUCGUGAACUGUGACCCCGUGCUUGCGGUGGUGGUGCUGUGCUUGUCCGUGGGCCUCGGGGGGAGUGCCAACUGCGGCUUCCUCUGCUCGCACCAGGACAUCGCUCCUAACUUCGCCGGGACGCUGCUGGGGAUCACCAAUGCCGUCGGCGCCUUCGCUGGAGUGUUUGCGCCGAUGAUCACGGGGGCGAUCACCGAGGGAAAUCAAACACUGAGUGCGUGGCGGUUCGUGUUCCUCAUCACCGUGGGCAUCUAUCUGGUCACCGGCUCCCUCUACGUCUUCCUGAUCUCCGAAAGGCCGCAGUACUGGAAUGAGCCCAAGUUUUGUAGAGGAAAGGACUGUAGCGAAAACGAAGUCAAAGUCAGCCUCGCCUCGACGGUGACCACGCCGACUUCUCCGACGUCGCCGCUCGACCCGGUUAUCUGUUAACUUCGUGCGAUAAGGCCUGAUCUGAAUGAUUUUAUAAAAAACAUCUUUGUAGAGAGAAUGUAAGAAUUUUUAGAGUUUUAUUAAGGGGUUUAAAAGAGAGGGAGAGAGUGGGAAUCUCACUGAACAGAAGUGUAAAAUCGCCUGUGUCAAAUUAGACUGAAGUGAUCAUAGCAUUGACCUGUCCCGGGAAUGAUAGACAGGGAGAGCUGUCAUGUAGAAGGUGGAAUAGAUAGGCAGCUCCACAUGCAUUGCGUGAUUUGUGAAGCCAUUGCUCAAUAGGGAAGAAACAGGACAAUGAUAGCGUAUAACGUAAUAUGCUGAGAGCAAAGUAAGUAUACUCUGUUGUGUAUUAUAUAUAGUUUGUUGAAAUACGAUACAGUAUGACUUGCUUCAGCCUUUAGUAUUUGCAUUAGACGCACCACUCGAUGAAAGCUUACUAAUGCCAUACGUAAGGAAUCACUGUGGAGUUGUGGAACCCAAGUCUUAUCAAAGGGUUCCAGAAAGGUACAGUGAGAAGCCUCUUCAUGCCAGGUAGGGACUGGUAGGUUCUUCCG